AUGUGUCUUCCUGCCAAAUCACUCGUACCUACAAGUACCGCUCAUCAGCGGUCCACGGGCAAUAGAAAGUCCAGGAAGUACCUGCCAUAUCCUCAGGAUCCACUUCCUCUGGAGCAAUGCAGAAGGUUGGAAGAACAGCUGGAGAAUGGUCUCUCGCAAAUGAAAACUGCGACUUUGUACAAAGGGUACAAAGCCAAACUCCUGACCCGCGAAGUUGCACGUCAAUGUCUCUUUCUCUCAACUUUGGAGGCUGAAGAAGCUGAUCUUACUGCAUCCUAUGCUGAUGCCAUCCAUGCUGAAAAUCAAGAACACUUUGGUUCUGCUGAGGAGGAGUUGCAACAUUAUAGGAAGCAUUUUCUCAGCGUGGGCGCCUGGAAGCUGAUGAUGACAGGAACUAUCUUCAAGCUGUUUAUGAAGAUGAAUGUCGGAUUCUUCGCACUGUCAACAUCCAGACUGAUCAAGUUGCGAAAAUAUUGGACAAACAUAUCGCACAAUCUCUUACGGACUACCACUGAACCCUUCCAUGAGGACUCUGAUGUUACACCUGAUGGAUCAGACGACAUCGAGAAUGAACACCUUAGCUUGUCGGAUCUUGGCUCUGAUGACCUUGCUGUGCUUGAUGUGACUAUCUCAACGAACUUCUCCAUCAGUAUAGGCGUGCGCAAGAUGGGAGUGCUCAUGCCACAUCGCGAAUUGACGAUUUCAUUCAAUUCCCUCGACAAUGCUGAAAGUGACCCAAACCAGGGUCUAUUCGACUUCAUCGACCAACCUGAGGCUUCACACCAUGGCCCAUUCGACUCCAUCAACCAACCUCAAACCAGUCAGGCAUAUCCUUCUAGUUCAUCGUCAUAUAGAGGCUCAGCAUUGUUUGGCGGAGUCUCUGGAGAUCAGGACACCAUUGAUUUCGAUGCACUCGCCUUUGGCACAUUCCUUGAAGAGUCUGGAGCUAAUGCCAGCGGAACAUCAACAAGUCAUGCCAGCACCACUGCCUCUAGGCUGAUCCCUCGGUCAGCGGAGAUUGAUGCGCUCUAUCCAUUACCACCUCCCCAGGCACUGCAGGGGACUGUUGAGAGAACACAGCGCUCUUGUCGCAUCCCUGCGCCAUAUCCUCUGCCAGAACCCAAAGUUAUCCCCCUCAGCACAACUACUACAUCGACCCCACAAACCCUGCAGCAUACGACAAGUGUGGACUUUCCCGUCACCCCCACAAUAAUUGCACCUACCGACCUUGCUGCUCCCAUUGUCACUGUUUCCCCCAUUGUCCCUGUCGCCCCCAUAGUCAUCUCUAUCGACCCUGCCCCUCAACAACUCAGCGCACCCGUCUCCAUCCAGGUAUCAGCUGAUGUCCAAAAGCAGAUCACGCAGACUGCGAAAACCCAACUCAUACGAUACUUGCUCACUUUGCACGCAAUGGCUGGUAGUGACAUGCAGAAAGUCGACUCCAUUGGUGAAUGGCAUGAAUAUUCCGCAGUUCAUGUUUCAAACCCUAUGACAUCAAGUCAACGUCAACAGCUGAUCGGGACAUGGACCUCCAUUUUCAGCAACCUCAUUAAGGAUGUCUGGACCUGUCUUCCAUUCGCUUUUGACAUCUAUCCCCCUGUGGACUCCAACAUUCUCCCCGAUGAAUUCCAGAGGCGUGUCAUAAAUGCAUUGAUCAAUGAUCCCACUCAACCGUUAGCUUUCAUGCAUCAAUUUACUGUCAAUGCUGCCAGGGAUGUCACAAUCUUGGACGGAGUCCUUGACCAGCCCUUCAUAUUGCAAAUGAUAAUUCAUUUUGUGUGGCACAGUGGUACCAGACUAUCAGAAUUCAUCGACGACCCCCUUGAAGAGUUCAACUACCUCUUUGCCGCUAUUGGAGCAAUCGCAAAGCUGAUAUUAUUUGAGCAAUUGUCACACCCUCCGGUCGUUAUCACGCACACACAACUUGAGGCGACAUGCCUAGCGAUAUCACAUCUGGCCGAAGCAUUCGACCCACAAAAAAAAGGGCGAUGGAGAAUGCUGUCUGGAGGACUCGACAUGCGUCAAAAAGACAGCACCCUCUCAUACCACAACAGCGGGCCAAGAAAGCAUGCAACUCACUUGCAUCAAAGGGAGUCAGUCAUUCAGCAAUCCCUUGGGCUAGCAAGUGUAAAGUCCAAUGAAGGCAGCAUGGGUAUUGGGAGGCAGGGGCCACCACAAAAGAAAGAUGAACAAGAUAUAUCUGAUUAUAAACCUAGUGGCGACUCAGGGUUGGAUACUGAUGCAGAAACUGAUGAUGACUUAGAGGAACCGGAGUCCGCCGUAAAGUUCCUGUCAGCUGAAAUACCAAAGUUUGUCUCAAUGUCAGAGGCCGAAAGGCAUGACUUCCUGCUUACCCAACCAACCUGGCCUCGUCCAUCUGAGUCCACACCAAAGCUGACACAGAAAACUGAAUCGUUUCGGUCUAAAUCAACCAUGGCUACCAAGGCUCCCAUGGCUUCCAGGACAAAAUAUGAGUUCAACACACGCGGCCAUACAAGUACACCUGUUUGGGUAGAUGAUUCCAAUGAUGUGGAGGAACUCGAGGCUGCGUCAAAUGACUAUGCCGAUCCGAAGUCUCCAAACGACAACGACCAUCAUGGUGAUUCUCAGGGGCCCAAACUUGUAUGGAAUGCAAACACCGGAAAGUUAAAACUCACAGACCAGGAUAGCAAGACCCAUUCUCACAUCUGCAGCGUCACACCCGUCUAUGAUCACCUCAAGACUAACGAGUCGUAUGUGUCUGCACUUGCAACUCUGGUUGAUGCUCGAGUGCCGCUAUUUCGUAGUGAAUUAAAAGAUGAUGCUUGUGCACAAGUCACGGUGUACUACCAUCUUGGUCCUGAUUGCGUUGAUACUGCUAAGGCUCUGCUGGCGAGCCAUGUUUACCAUUAUGCGCAGCAUUUUGAUGAGAAAAACAACCCUGUUCCGCAGGCGAAAAAACCUUACUCUGCGGAUAUAUUGCCUUACCUAAUGAAGGGAUGUUACUUCAAUGGGUCCAAGUCAGUUGGCAUGAAAUUCGCAGACCGUUUUAAGGAGAUUGCAGGAAACAAGGCCCAACAGCCUGAGGUGUAUGCUGCACUCUUGUGGAAGUCCAACAAAUCUCCCCCCAAGUUCAAUUUCACAGCCAACCAGUUCAGCGAGGUCUAUGCUUUCCAUGUGAACUUUCUCAACGAAAUGGAGGAGAAUGUGCCGAGCAAGUUUCACAAGUUGAUGGCCGACAUUUUCUCAGCUGUCCAGAAACUCUGCUCUAAUGGUGCUGCUGCUGUAGCGUCACACAAAGAUGCUAUGGCUUUCCUUGACCUUGAUGGCAUGGAUGACAACGAGUAG